GGGAUUGUCUCGUGAGGAAUAGUCAUGGUGAAUAUGUUUUCAAAUGUGUGCGACGAAAGAAGGGAAGUUGCAGGCGAGACUGAUACAGCCAGUUUAUCUUCAGAUGGGGUGUCUUCUGGCAACACUCAAUUUAAAUCACGAAAUACGUCGCAUUUUCUGCAUGGGGCAUGCGCAAUUUCAAGUAGUACCUCCGUCCCUAGAGAAUCCACUGAAGAUCCACAUAUCAUUGCCAGUACUUUGUUGGGAACUAAUCCAGCUUCAGUGGAACUCCGCGCCUCCGCGGCGCCGGGGCAAAUAUUCCGCGGCCCAUGGCAACGGCCCUCCAUGCACCAUGACUUCACAUUCCUAACCAACCAUAAAGCGCGAUCGGGUGUGCAUCAACUAUGCAGGGAAGGUUUAUGUAGCAAGCUUAUGGUUAUCCGGGUAUCCUAAAAUAUUUUGCCGAGGAUAACCUGAAACCAGCAAUAUAGUGACAAAAUAUAUAACGCUUUCUGGCGAGUCCCCUGAGUCAAAUAAUUCUGUCAUAACAAUAUCAUCAAAGUCUUGUUAUAUAGGUAUGUAAGUUUACUUACUCGAAGAUGUUGCGAGACCCUGAAAGUCGGCCUGUGAAGGUGGCCAACUGCUCUAGCUAUCAUGGCGACCCGGCAUAUGAGAUGUAUCGCCAGGCAACUCUGGGGGAGGUCGACUUCAUCACUGGUGACUACCUCGCAGAAGUUAACUUAGCCAAAAAUGCCCAGGCCAGGCGGGCGAGAAAGCACCCGGGCUACGAAGAAACAGCUUGGCAGCGACUUCAACGGACAAUCGAUGUUAUUGCCGAAAAGGGUAUUCGGAUAGUAAUCAAUGGUGGUGCUUUAGAUCCCAAAGCGCUUGCGAUAGAGGUUGCGGCCCUAGUGGAUGAGAAACGACUUGACUUGCGUGUUGCCUACGUUUCCGGGGACGAUUUGUACCCUCAAGUUGGCCCUAACAUGCCAACGACCAAGGAGGAACUGCAACACUUAGAUUCCGGCAACCCUUCCGUUGUCCCAUCUGAAUUGACCUAUGCGUUUAUGAAUGCUCCUGAUGGGAGACCAACCCCCAUGAUAUCGGCCCAUGCAUACUCGGGCGCCCGUGGUAUUGUUGAAGGCUUGAGGCGCGGAGCACAGAUAAUAAUCUGUGGUCGUGUUGCGGAUGCUACACUCAUUGCUGGUAAUCUGAUUGAAAGCUCAGCAUAUGUUACUGGGGCAAACUUUGCGGGCUUUGAUAAAUAUCCGAUUGAUAUCCUUGUCGCUCCUGGGUUCCCUAUUGCAGAGAUUGAGGAAGAUGGCACCUGCACCAUCACCAAACACCUUGGAACCCAAGGACUUGUUGGUACACUUCAGGGAAAUGUCUACCUGAAUAGCGAUGUUUCUGCUCAUAUAGAUGACAUCGUCGUGGAGGAUGCUGGAGAAAACAGAGUUCGCGUCUCCCGGAUCCGAGGAUCACCACCUCCCCCAACUACUAAGCUUGCAGUAUUCUAUCAUGGAGCUUAUGAAGCAGAAAUCCUUUUGAAUGCGACUGGAUAUGCGACCGCUCAAAAGUGGGACCUUCUGGAGAAGCAAAUCCGUCAUUUUCUGCCCGCAAGUGUCGCGAAUGACCUAGACACACUUGAGCUUCAAAGAGUCGGAGCUCCUGAACCGAACCCGUCCUCCCAGCUGAAGAGUACAAACUAUAUGCGCAUCUUCGUAGCAUCUCGUUCAGCACCGGCUGUUGCAGCUGUAUCCAAAACAAUAGGGAACAUUGCACAUAAGCACUUUUCCGGCUUCCACGCAACUCUUGACAUGCGAACCGCGACCGAGAUCCCCGAAAAGGUCAACAUCCUGGAGGAUAGAUCCAAAGUCGCAUCUUUCGAUAUCCCGCGCCCCUGCCAGUACGUAUCAUUGGAACCACGUGAGACCUAUGAUCCUACGUCGCCAACAGUGUACAACGGUCCAACGAAAGAUAUCCGCCUCGGAGAUAUCGCACUCGCCCGAUCGGGCGACAAAGGUGCAAACCUCAAUUUUGGCAUCUUUGUCCCCAACCCGACUCACUGGGACUGGCUUCGGUCGUUCAUGACCACCUCCCAAAUGCAAGCUCUCACUGGUGAUGACUGGGACGACUCCUUCUCUAUCGAGAGAGCAGAAUACCCACACAUCCACGCUGUCCACUUCGUUAUAUACGGCAUCCUAGGCCGAGGAGUAAGCAGCCCAAGCCGGCUAGAUGGGUACGGAAAAGGAUUCGCAGAUUACAUCCGGGACAAAAUUGUCCAAGUCCCUGCUCAAUUCAAACUCUAGGACCAUAUUAAGGAAAUACACAUACCAAACAAAGCGUCG